AUGCGUCUCUCGUCGCCCUUAAUAGGUGCAUGUCUUUUAUUAGGAGUUUUAUCCGCCGAGAAAAAGUCUUCUGAGCAACGAUUCAAUGAAUUUCAUCAGCUGUCGAAGAGCUCUCCUUCUCUCCAGUUGAAAGAGACCGCUUACAAGUCAUUGACGUCGUACCCUCGCAACUACAGCGCGGCUGUUCUUCUCACGGCUCUCGAUGCACGAUUUGGCUGCCAGCUCUGCCGUGAAUUUCAGCCGGAAUGGGACUUGUUGGCCAAAAGCUGGCACAAGGGAGACAAGACCGGAGAGUCUAGACUUUUAUUUGGUUCCUUGGAUUUUGAGAAUGGCAAAGAUGUUUUUGCUUCGAAGGCCCUUACGCUGCGUCUUCGCCUGAGCCAAUUCGAUACGAUUUCACGACGGGGCAAGUUGUCUAUCAUGGAUUGCGUCGUUCUAUCUCUAACAAAUUAUAGCGCCGCUGGAGCUGAGAACAUUCAUGCCUGGCUUUCGCGACACAUGACCGGCCGACCGACGCCUGCGGUAAAGCGACCCAUCAAUUACAUGCGCUGGGCGACUGGAAUUACGAUCUUCCUGGGGGUUGGAACCGCAUUGGCUACUGCCUCGCCAUAUAUUCUACCCAUCAUCCAAAACCGCAACAUCUGGGCAUCCAUUAGCCUAGUGUCUGUCCUACUCUUUACAAGCGGUCACAUGUUCAAUCAUAUUCGCAAGGUCCCAUACAUUGCGGGAGACGGCAAGGGCAGUAUAUCAUACUUUGCUGGUGGUUUCCAGAACCAAUUCGGCCUUGAGACGCAAAUCGUUGCUGCUAUCUACGGACUCCUUUCUUUUUGCACGAUCACUCUCGCAAUCAAGGUGCCGCGCAUGACUGAUGCCAAGACCCAGCAAGUGACAGUUCUUAUAUGGGGCGCAGUUUUGUUCCUCAUGUACAGCUUUCUGUUGAGCGUCUUUCGCUUCAAGAAUGUGGGCUACCCGUUCUCUCUUCCCCCUUUCAUGUAG